AUGCUAUGCCUGUCUGCCGCAGCUCUGAGCGAUGCGCAGAAAGUUGCAUUGGACGACCUGGCCGUUGUGUACCACAGCUGCGCGGCCGUCGAGCUCCUUGAGAGGGAGGCUGCAGCUGCUGCACGACUACCACACAACAGACUAAAACGGUGAGUGUGUGUGUGGGUCUGGCCGGAGUGCCUUUGCUGCCUCAGUCAGUCAGUCGCCCACCGUGAGCCCCUGGCUGCCUGCGUGUGUGCGUGCAGGUAUUUGAGUGACACCUUCAGGUCCGUCCUGUCGUGCAUUUCUCCCUCAGCUGAGGUCCCCGCUGCCACUGACGGACCCCUUGAUGACGAGGAGCUAUCACCACCGACACACACGUGCACACGGAGCGGUCAGUCAGGUGUAGGAAGCAGCAGAGUAAGCCUGCCGACAGUAGUAGCGAGAGGGCUCUGCUGCCCGCCAGAUAGAACAAGGCAAGAUUUCCAGACUGACAGACGAACAGACAGACAGUGAGUGACUACCGUAUCACUCACAUCAGUGGCGGGCGGGCGGGCUGGCGGACAGUCACUCGCAAGGCCAGUAGCUGUCCAGACAGGGGCUGGACUGGUUUUUGAGUCAGGGUGCUGGCUGCAUGGGGGAUGAGAGUGAUGGAAUGGAUGGCCUAUACUGACUGAGUCAGGUAGUUCGAUGGUCGGACUCUGACCCAACAAACGUCUUAUGUCGCGCUGCUCUGUACAUUGCUCGUUUAUUGUUGAU